UCUACCACCUCUUCCCUCCCCCCUUCUCGUGUGACCACACUCAGCUAUUUCAUUUCUCUCCCAAGACCCAGACAAACCCUGCACCCGCCGCCUUGUGAAUUCCGCCUCGCACGUAUUGCGUCUGUUAGACCUUCACCAUGUCGGACGACAAGGCAACAGACUACACCCUCAACAACCCCGACACCCUCACCAAGUACAAGACGGCCGCAGAAAUCUCCGAAAGGGUUCUGGCUGCAGUGUCGAAGCUAUGCGUGCCCGGUGCCAAGAUCAUCUCCAUCUGCCAGAAGGGUGAUGAGCUCAUCGAGGAGGAGCUCUCCAAGGUUUACCGUGGAAAGAAGGUUUCCAAGGGUUUCUCGCACCCCACCACCGUCUCGCCGGCUUCCUUCGUCACCCCUUACACCCCCCUGGCGAGCGAUGAGUCCGAGGCGUCCCGUGAAAUUCAGCCCAAUGAGCCUAUCAAGAUUCAACUUGGUGCCCAGAUUGACGGCUUUGGAUCCAUUGUCUGCGACACCGUGCUGGCCAGGCCCGAGGGUGAGGAACAGCAGGAGGUCACUGGCCGCGAGGCCGACCUGAUCCUCGCGAAUUACCAUGCCAACGAACUUCUCCUUCGCCUCAUUCUUCCCCCGGGCUUGCUGGCUUCUGGGUCGGACGAGGAGAAGGCUAAAGCGGCCGCCGCGAAGCCCCCUACCCAAGCCAAGAUGACAAGCUUGCUGGAGAAGGUCGUCAAGAGCUACGAUUGCCACCUUGUCGAGAGCACUACCUCGUGGCUGUUUGACCGCAACGAAAUCGAGGGUUCCAAGAAGAUCGUUCUCGCCCCUGCCGAUGGUGUCAAGGGUGAGGGCAGCCCCGAGAUUGGAGAAGUAUGGGGCGUCGAGAUGGGCGUGAGCUUGGGUUCGGGCAAAGUGAAGCAGUUCGAGAACAGAGCGACUCUGCACCGCCGCACGCUCCAGACCUACGGUCUCAAGCGUCCCACGUCGCGCAAGAUCCUGUCCGAGGUGCAGAAGAAGUUUGGGACGUUCCCUUUUAGCUUGCGCCAGCUUGAGGACGAGCGCGACGCCAAGUCGGGUGUUGUGGAGUGUGUCCGCGGCAACGUGUUCCGCCAGUACGAAGUAGUCGGUGACAAGGACAACUCGCCGGUUGCUCGGCUGCUGACUACCAUUGCCAUUACCAAGAACGGCAUCACCAAGUUGGGCGCGGCCCCACCGCUAGACGUGAGCAAGUAUAAGACGGACAAGAAGAUUGAGGACGAGGAGAUCCUCAAGAUCUUGGAGCAGCCUCUUUCGAGGAAUACUGGCAAGAAGAACAAGAAGAAGAAGAAGAAGCCCGCCAAGAAGGCGGCUGAGGAGGGAUCGGAUGGGGAGAGCGACGAGUAAGGCCGAGGCACCGGGUUGACUAAAGGGGAGAGUUAGUACCGAAGAACUGUCACUCGAGAGAUGCAGCUAUCUCGGUUGGUCAUGAAAGCCGGUCUUUUUGCUGGGGUGUGGGCUUUGCUUCAAGGCGCGUUGCAGACUUACGCCGUACUACGAA